UGUGAACAAUUCGACCAAAGGAAAAAAAAAAGACUUUGCGACCUUUGCGACCGUCCAGUCAAUGGCGCACCAAUCGGAAAACGGCAGUGAGAAGAAGAUGGCGGAGGGAGGUAAUGAUGCAGAGCUACUGAAGGAGAAGGCAAAUAAGUACUUUAAAGAGAAAGACUAUGAAAAUGCAAUCAAGUACUACACAGAGGCCCUGGAGCUCAAUCCAACCAAUGCCAUCUACUACAGCAACCGAAGCCUGGCAUACCUACGCACGGAGUGCUAUGGCUAUGCCCUGGCUGAUGCUACGAAGGCCCUGGAGAUAGACAAAAACUAUAUUAAGGGAUAUUAUCGCCGUGCCACCUCCAACAUGGCACUGGGAAAGUUCAAGGCUGCACUUAAGGACUAUGAGACGGUAGUGAGAGUUCGACCGAAUGACAAGGAUGCAAGGAUGAAGUAUCAGGAAUGUAACAAGAUUGUGAAACAGAAAGCUUUUGAGAGAGCCAUUGCCAGUGAUGAGACUAAAAAAUCUGUUGUUGACUCACUGGACAUCGAAAACAUGACAAUUGAGGAUGACUAUGUAGGCCCCAAACUUGAAGAUGGGAAAGUUACAUUGACAUUCAUGAAGGAGAUGAUGGAUUGGUUCAAAGACCAGAAGAAACUGCACAGAAAGUGUGCUUAUCAGAUUUUGGUGCAAGUUAAAGACGUUCUGUCGAAGCUACCGAGUCUUGUUGAAAUCUCAUUAAAAGAGACAGAAAAAAUUACUAUUUGUGGUGACACCCAUGGGCAAUACUACGAUCUCCUCAACAUCUUCAAGUUGAACGGCUUACCCUCAGACACCAACCCUUAUCUCUUCAAUGGUGACUUUGUAGAUCGUGGCUCUUUCUCUCUUGAGGUCAUUCUUACCCUCUUCGGCUUCAAGCUGCUUUACCCUGACAACUUCCACUUGCUUAGGGGUAACCAUGAGACAGACAACAUGAACCAGAUGUAUGGAUUUGAGGGGGAAGUCAAAGCUAAGUACACAGCCCAGAUGUUCCAGCUGUUCAGCGAGGUCUUCCAGUGGCUGCCUCUUGCACAGUGUAUCAACAACAAAGUACUGAUUAUGCACGGCGGACUGUUCAGUGAAGAUGGUGUCACAUUGGACGACCUCAGGAAGAUUGACAGGAACAGGCAGCCUCCAGACUCAGGUCCAAUGUGUGACCUGCUCUGGUCAGAUCCACAGCCUCAGAAUGGCCGGUCCAUCAGCAAGCGAGGAGUGAGUUGUCAGUUUGGGCCAGACGUGACAGAGCGCUUCCUGGAACAAAAUAAGCUGGACUUCAUUGUGCGCAGUCAUGAGGUUAAAGCUGAGGGCUACGAGGUCACUCAUUCAGGGAAGUGCAUCACCGUGUUCUCAGCACCCAACUACUGUGAUCAGAUGGGAAACAAAGGAGCUUAUAUCCACCUCAGGGGAUCAGACCUCAAGCCAGAAUUUCACCAGUUCACUGCUGUGCCUCAUCCAAAUGUCAAGCCCAUGGCGUACGCCAACACGCUAAUGCAGCUGGGGAUGAUGUAGAGGCCACGCUAAUCUGUGUGUGACACUGACGACCUCCCAUCUGACCUGAACCAUGCCAGCCACCACACUCCCUCCAGUGCUCGGACAUGCUCUCGUUCAUGCUUAGCCUAAGGGAUCCCUCUCCCCGACAAACUUCCACUAGUUGUAUGCCGAAAGCACGUGGUGUAGUUGAGAUGGGAAGAGAUCACUUCCGCCAGCCCAGUUCAGAACUGGGUUUCGUUCUGUCAUAUUAUUGGUUAAAACUGGAAAAUCCCCAUUCUGCUGUCCAUUUUACCCACUCGUGUUCCAUCACUGGGCAAAGAAACCAACCCUGAGAAUUUCACAUGAGUCUCUUUGGAGCUGCUUGGUUUUUAAAUGUCUGAUAUAGUUGGCAGAUGGGAUCAAACAGCUGGUAUGUACCAAAGAUCUGUAAUGAAAAUGAUUGUUCAGUUUUUACAAGGAGCGUCUUGUGAUUCUGAAACCUAACAUUGUACUGUUGGCCUGUGUACACAGCUUAGAGCAUUGUAAACUGGGUAAAGAGCAGCAUGCCUAUCAGUGUUUCUCAAACCAUCCUGCAGUAUGUCAUUUUAUUUUAUUUUUUGUUUUACCGGAAUACAAAAUAUGAUUACAUUUACAAUCCCAGUCCCCAAAAAAAUAGAUUGAUUGUCUCUGGGUACACUCUUAAAGGUGCUGUUUGCCAUUAGUGGUGUAUUUAGUUGGUAACAUUUGUUUUGCACUGCUUCCUGUUGAGGGAGAUACUGCUGCUCUUCAUUGUUUUCAUCCUUGACUGUCAAUGUGCCACUCACCCAGCAGCUCCUGCACAGUCUUAUUUCCAACUAGCUUUGCUGUAAGGCAGACACUGAUGACACUCUCAUCUCCAAUACACGUUUGAUUACUGGUGACUUAUUUACCCCCCCUUGUGGAUUGAUCAAGUACACAAACGUCCAAAAUGCAAUCCUGUCUUGAAACGCACAGCUGCAUUGUCCAGUGGCCCUCAACUUUUUAGAUAAAGAAAUACACUGACGUGUAUGUAUAUAUACUGUAUCAUUUAAAGAUUCCGUGUAAUGUUUGGAGAAAAUUAUUGAAUAAAAAAAAUCAGUCCAGUGA